AUGACACAAGGAUAUCAAUUUGAAGGUUUUGCUGUCACCGAUCCAAAAAACUUUACGGAUGUUACAAAAAUUAAAUUCACACCAAAAACUUUCGAAGAGUAUGAUAUUGAUAUUAAAAUCCAUGCUUGUGGGGUUUGUGGAUCAGAUAUUCAUACUGCUUCUGGAGCAUGGGGUGAAGCUAUGCUUCCAGUCAUUGUAGGACAUGAAAUUGUUGGUGAAGUUGUGAAGGUUGGUUCAAAAGUUACUACUGUCAAAAAUGGGGAUAGAGUUGGUGUUGGUGCUCAAGUUUGGGCAUGCUUAAAAUGUGACGUUUGUAAGUCUGGAGAAGAAACAUAUUGCCCACAUCUUAUUAAUACGUAUAAUGAUAAAUAUCCAGAUGGAUCCAUUAGUUACGGAGGAUACCUGUCUCAUGUUAGAGUUCACGAAUAUUUUACAUUUAAAAUCCCUGAAAAAUUAUCUACCGAAAAUGCUGCUCCAAUGCUUUGUGCUGGUAUAACCACUUAUGCUCCAUUGAAAAAGAAUACUCGUCCAGGUAUGAAAGUCGGUAUUGUCGGUAUUGGUGGAUUGGGACACUUUGCGAUCAUGUGGGCAAAGGCCUUAGGCUGUGAAGUUUAUUCCUUCUCAAGAACCGAUUCCAAGAAGAAAACCGCAUUGGAAUUAGGGGCUGAUCACUUCGUUGAUACUACUGCGAAGGACUGGAACAAAGACUUACAAUUCAAAUUAGAUUUGAUCUUAUCGUGUGCAAGCUCUUCCAAAGGCUUCUCUAUUGGCGAAUAUACUUCGAUGUUGAUCAUUGGUGGUAAGUUUAUCAGUGCUGGAUUACCAGAAGCUCCAUUUAGUGUUAAUCCUGUUGAUUUAUUGAAAAAUGCCUGCUACUUAGGUUCGUCACAUUUGGGUAACAGACAAGAAAUGAUUGAGAUGUUAAAUCUUGCAGCUGAAAAAAAUAUUACUUGUUGGAAUGAAACUAUUCCAAUCAGUAAAGCUGGUAUUAAAGAAGCCCUUGAGAGGAAUUGUCAAAACAAAGUCAGAUAUAGAAUCACAUUGACUGAUUAUGAUAAGGAAUUUCAAUAA